CACCUCCACGUUCACCUUGCGCGCGGCCGCCUCCCCAUUGCGCCUUUCCUUCGCCUUCCCCUCGCCCGCCACUCGCCCUCUCCUCGGCCUCUCUCCUCCGCUCGCCUACCUGUCCAUCGUGCUAUUCAGACAGUCUGCUAUCCCUUCCACUUGUACACAUACACGCCAAGCUAAACCUACUCGCUCCCUUCCACCACCACAACCGUCAUGGCCACCGACCAAGCUGCUGCCAAAAAGACGCUGCAGGCGCUCGCCAAGCGCGAGGACCUGGGCAACAAGGCGUGCGUCGACUGCGGGAACCCUAACCCGCAAUGGGCGAGCAUCAGCUUCGCGGUGCUGCUCUGCCUGCAGUGCGCGGGGACGCACAGAGGGUUUGGGGUGCAUAUUAGCUUCGUCCGGAGUAUCACGAUGGAUACCUGGACGGAGGACCAGCUGAAGCGGAUGGGGGCUGGCGGGAAUAAGCCUUUCAAGGACUUCAUGGCUGCGUAUGGUCCGCAGGGAGGAUAUGCACCAGGUGCCAGUCCUCACGAGACGUACCACUGCUGGGCAGCGACAGAGUACAAGGCAAAGCUCGACGCCGAUCUCGCUGGCAAACCCUUUACACCCUCCGCACCACCAGCAGGCGCGAACACACCCACGAGCGCUGGUCUCCGCAAAUCGCGUGCAUCCUCUGGAAGGACCGGCUCCCCCGCUUUUGGCCGCACUGUAUCUCCCGCCCCAGGAUCUACUUCCCCCAACGCACCAGGAACGCCCACGCCAGGCGGCAGCGGCAACGAGUCCUACUUCGCUCGCCUAGGCGCUGCUAAUGCUUCGCGUUCUGCCGACCUCCCACCUUCGCAAGGCGGGCGCUAUACCGGCUUCGGGUCCACGCCGUCGCCAGAAUCCAACCCCUCACACCCCGCCUUCGGCCUGAGUUCGCGCGCCGCCCCCUCAUUGCAAGACCUUCAGCAGGACCCCGUUGGCGCGCUCGGCAAGGGCUGGUCGCUCUUCAGCGCCGCCGUGAGUGCCGCGGCAGGAACUGGUCUCGCCGUCGCCGGACAAGGUCUCGCCGCCGUGCAGGACCCCGCCUUCCAGGGCCGCGUGAAGGGCUACGUGAACUCUGCGGGCGAGUACGUGACGACGGCGGGCAGCGCCGCGAACGACUGGAGUCGCACACAGUUUGGCGUCGACGUGGGGGGAGCGGUGAGGGAGAGGCUGGGCGGCGCGGGCGGGGGAGGGUACGGUAGUGGGUACUCCAGCCUCGGGGGUGGGCCCAACAGGACGAGCGGAUGGGAGCACGAGGAAUCGUCGGCGCUGUAUCGUGAUGAGGACGAUGAGCUGUUCACGGAGUACAAGCGCGCGCAGGCGGCGGCGAAUGCGGCACCUCCGGCUGCCACCACGAGCGCCGCGGCUGCGAAGCCUGCACCGAAGAAGGAUGAGUGGGAUGAUGAUUGGAAGGAUUUCUAGAGCGCUGGGAGGAUAUCCAGUGAGGAUAUCUUGAGCGCGAGAAUGAUGUCGCUCUACGACCAUAUAGCCAUACCCGUCUACGAUAGUGUCCCUGCAUAUUUAUUGGGAGGAGGAUCACUCGGAAUAGCGUAUGCGAUAUUACAGUCGAGAUGGGCGGCGAUGGGGAACGUGUCUACAGAUAAGAUUAGAUAGCUGUGUGAUGGCGCGCUUCCCCAAUUCAAGUCGGCAUCAGCUCCUUCCUGAACCAU